GAUUUGAUUUUGGUCAAAAUUAAUUUAUCUGUGAUGAGGGUGCGAUUGGGUCACAGAAGGUGCAGCACACUGAUCCAACACUUGGCCAGAAAGUGCAAUAAGUAACAGCAACAAGAAGAAGAAGCAUGAGGUUACCAUCAUUAUUAUUCUUCAUGUGAAGUGAGAGAGACCAAACUAUCUUCACUUUCACCUUCGUCCCUCACUCAUUCACUCACAAAUCACAAUGUCCAAUUCCAUAUUCAAGAAGGGUGAUCAAGUUGAGGUAACCAAACCCGACGACAACAAUAACUGCUAUUACCCUGCUACUGUUGUUCGUCCACCUUCGAAGAACAAAAACCUCGUAUUCCUCGAGUACCUUACUCUUUUCGCUUCUUCUAACUCCCAACCCCCCAAACGCAUUAGGGAAUACGUCAACGUCGCUAACGUUAGGCCCAAGUUUCCUCAUCAGGUUAACCCCUGGUUCAAGGUCGGUGACGCCGUCGACGCUUUCCGUCAAACCCACAAUGCUUGGUGCCCUGCCACCGUCGCCGACAUUCUCGAAAACUCAAGCUAUCUCGUCUCGUUUCCCGGCUCCCACCACCGUGACUCCGCCGUCGUCCACCACUCUAGCCUCCGCCUCCACCGCGAUUGGGUCCACGGCAAUUGGGUCCCUCCUCUUCCUGGACAGGAGCAGCCCCCUGAGAUGGUGACAAUGCCUGAAAAUUUAAGGUAUAAGAUCAAAUACAGUAGGAGACCACUAAAGGAAUCAAAGUUUAGAAAAGGGAGAAUAGUUGAAGUCAGCAGCGAUGAUGAAGGAUAUAAGGGUUCUUGGUUUGUUGCUAGUAUUGUUGACAUAAUAGGAAAAGACAGGUUUCUAGUAGAAUAUAGGGACCUGACAACGGAUGAGGGCACCCAACUCUUGAAAGAAGAACUUGAUGCAAGGUUUAUUAGGCCCUGCCCUCCUGAAGUUCCAUUUAUUGGUUCUUUCAAACAGUUCCAAGAAGUUGAUGCAUGGCAUAAUGAUGGGUGGUGGGAAGGCGUGGUUCUUGAAGUACUAAAUAGCAGAGAAUGUUUGAUUUCUUUCAUUCACAAGGAUGUAUUGAAAUUUGAAAAUUCUAAACUAAGGCCUCAUCAGGACUGGUUUGAUGGGAAAUGGGUCAUGUCUUCCAAGAAGUCAAGUGAGCUGGUAGAGAAGUUUGGAGAUCUAAUGCCUAAAGCCAAGAAUCUCACUGGAACUAAAUUAAUCUUGAAAUAUCAAAAGCCUAGUGAGCACUCAAAGAAGCCUAGAGAUGUAACAGGUAGGACCAUGAACACCCAAACUAAAUUUGUGGUACAUUUCUGUAAAGGUGCAAAGGUAGAGGUCAGAAGUGAUGAAGAAGGCUACCAAGAUGCCUGGUAUACUGCCAUUGUUGUUGACUCUUUGCAGAAUGACAAGUACUUGGUGGAGUAUUUGACCCUGAAAACUGAUGACUUAACUGAACAACUUAAAGAAGAAGCAGAUGCUUCAAAUAUCAGGCCAUAUCCACCGGAUGUCAAUCAUGUUCACCGCUUUGCUCUGCAUCAAUGGGUUGAUGCUUGGUAUCAUGAAGGAUGGUGGGUGGGUCAGGUAUCUAGUGUUCUUGGCUUCAAGUAUAUGAUUUAUUUUUGGCCUACAAAGGAGAGGCUGGAAUUUGAACAUUGUCACCUGAGGCCUCAUCAAGAAUGGAUUGAUGGAAGAUGGGUGCUUGAUUCUUUGGUCCCUCUCUCUUAACUGCAAGGUUUUUAUCCAAUAGGGAUGAGGACCCGAUCAUCAGUGAAUUACUUGCUGUCACCUUGCUAUCUCAUUGAAAACGCUUUCCAAGACCAUCACAGAAUCACUCCUUUAUCCAAAUUUGAGGCUUAAACUUGUUCCGUUUCUACUGAAUGUGUUUCUAUCUAGUUGCAAGGGUUUGUAGUAGCUGGGAAAUUGUAAAUAUGUGGAUGCAUUGCUUAUGUCCACCUGGUGCUAAUUGCAAAGUCAACUUUUUAAUUUUAGUGAGGAUCCCACUUACACUACUUUCGUACAUGUAUGUAUGAAAUAUUUAAGACCCAGAAUCAAGAAAGUUCAUGUUUAAGAACAUGAUGAAUUGAGUAUUUGUUUUGAUUACUCAUUAGUUGGCAUGCUCUUCAGUCAAUUGAUGCUCCCUGAAAAUUCAUGU